AUGGCUGUCAACACCACCAUCACGAUCGCCGACACCACCCUAAAAUACUGCGAUGCUCGCGUGGGGGUGGGCAAGCGAUACAGGCUCGCCGACCAGGGUGCCGACGAUUGCCAAUCACCCAUCAUUGACCAAGUCGGCGAGACAUGGACAUGGACGGGAGAAGGCAGAAUGGAGAGUAGAGUCAACAUGUCAGACUCGCAAUGGGCAAUCGGAGGCCCUGGAAUGCAGUCUCCCUUGCGUACCUCGCCAGUGUGCAUCGCAAGACAUCAAAGGGCGCUCUGUUUUGGCCCCAAAGUUGCAGUCCGCACCGCACACGGCGCCAGGCCCGUUCGCGGUCCCUCCUUUUUUCCCCAUGGGCGCAUUCCCCGCGGCCUUGCGACUCGAACAAACUCCUUGGCCGCCAUUUGUUCUGUUCGCGCCGCCAUCAUGUUGCUCCUGUUUGCCGGACAGGUUGCCUGUACGAAGCACAUCAUCGUGGCCGACAACAGAAACUAUAGACCGAAAGGGCUCUUCCAGCUCCUCGGCAACGCCACGUCGAGAAUAGUCACCGGCCAAAAGCCCAGGCCUGCGGUCCAUUUCCCAGACGGACCCAAGGAUCAGAAAUACGGUCUUCCUCCCGUGCGACCGCCAGCCCUGUCGCCGACAUUUGUCCAUUUUCACCUUUUACACGCCCCCCCUCUCUCCGUUAACUGA